AUGACAUCACUGAUAUCAAUUCUAUUCUGCACUUCACAAUGCAAACAAUUAACGUUAGCUCAAAUGAUUGAGUGUCUUUCGGAUCUUUUUUGCUUCAUCUUUCUAAUCAUUUAUACAAUAAUUCUAUUGAGGAAAAGGGUUUUUCACGCAAAUCUCCUCAUGAUCCUCAUCGCGCUUCCCGGUUUUCCAAGCGUCACCUCAUUGUUAAUCAAAUUUCUCAACAAAAUCAUCUUACAAUCAAAUGGAUUCAAUUAUGGGAAUGCAUUCACAUUGAUGUCAUAUUCGAUUUCUGAUACGGGACUUAGCGUCUCUUCUUACACUUUGAUGUCAUUAGCGAUUGAACGUUUAAUAUCAACAUUUUAUGUGGAUCAAUAUGAAAAUAUUUGCCGAGGAUGGCCAAUUUUAUCUCUAUUUCUCAUUACAUUACAGAUUGCUCUAGGCAUUUCCACGGUUCCAUUAGCCUAUUCAGCUGUUAUUUCAAACUAUUUGAGUGUUGGGAUUAUCAUUGUUGCGUUGAGUUCAGCGGUUUUGAUGUUUUUUGUUGUGAACCCAUUAGCAAGACGACACUAUAGCAAAAGUGCCGCGAAUUUUGCCGGUGUUUCGAAAAGAUAUCAGACUACGGAGAAUUUGCGGAUAGUUAGGGUCCUCAAACUUUUGAUUCCUUAUUAUUGCGCUUGUGAAGUGCUCUUGUUGAUUCUCUUUAUUUUAAUGACGACUGUUUUGGAGAAACUCGAGCUUUACUGGAAUCUUUAUAUGAUAUUGAUUGGGGCACAGGUCUCUGGUACAAUGCUCAUCGUUUUGUUGAGACAUCCCGUGCUCAAAGCCGAACUUUAUCGUUUUCUUCCCCUACGUGAGAAAGAUCCGCCGCUUAAACCUGGAUUGGUGCAAAUUUUUAACGUUGACGGAUUGCAAUUGAAUUACACAACUCAACAAGAGAACGAUAUCUAUUUCCGAAUGUUGCAGACAAAAUUCUGGACAAGGGAAUCCGUU